AUGGCUCUUCUCUUGCACGGUCUUGGCUCGGACAUGGCUAAGCUUGUGUCCCGCGUGCCACGCAAGAGAUCCGUCGAGAAGCUGCUCGACGGCGCGCUGAAGCGCCACGAGAAGCUUGACGAGCGCGCCCGCGCGCGCGAGGAGACAGCAGCCAGCGCCCAUCGGCUGCUCGAGGAGCACUUGAACGGCGCCCCCGGCGCGGCAGCCCAGGUUGACAGAGGGGGGGUCCUCAUCGCCUUGCGCAAUGCGGCCAACAGGGGCCAUAUCGCCGUCUCCAGCGAGGACCUGGACCUCACCAUGGAGCUGAGCAGGGUCACCAACUUCGUGGACGCGGAGGCCGAAAUGCACAGCCGCGUCGUCGUCUACGAGGAGCAGUUCAAAGCCAGGGCGCUGGCCGAGGCUCGGGUGGCGGUCGCCUCCCACGAGGCCGCGCUCGCCGAGCACUUCGCCGAGGACCGGGCCCGCGCGCAGACCGAGGUCGGCAGGGCCUUUGCCGUCGCGCAGGCCCGCGAAGGACAGUUGGCGGCCGAAUCGAUGGCCAUCGCGACCCAGGGCGAGGUGCACUUCAAGGGGCAGGCUAGGGAUGGGCUUCGGCAGUACGAGGCGCCCCUGCUGCAGCAGAGCACCCAGGACCAGCAUGCGUCUAUGAGGAGGUCCGUGCACGAGCUCGAGUUCUACUUCGACGGCAUUUUCCGCCAGCGGGUGCACGAGAUGCAGGAGGAGUACCAGGACCACCACCGUGCCGCGACGGCCGAGAUGAAGGCCGAGGGCCAGUCGGAACUCUUGAGGGCUGAGGCGCACAUCGGCGCCGCGCAUCACAGGACACAGGCGGAACUCCGCCUCGAAAUCGCGGAGAUCGCCUCUUUGCGAGCGCGCGCGGAGGCAGGCGAACGCGACUCUUAUCGAGCAGCUCGCUACGCAUCACGCCGCCACGAGUUGCGUGAAGAGCAGCUUGAGGCCGAGAUCGGUGCCGUGAGAGACACCAUCCAGACCGAGAUGGCCGACCAGGGCGCCCUGCGUCGCUGUGAACUCCGCGCGGCCGAAGAGGCAAUCGCCUCAACCAGGGCAGAGGCGGAGAACGAGACCGUCGCCGAGCUUCAGGAUGUCCAGUCCGAGCUGCAGCAGGUUGUCACGGAGGUCCCAGCUCAGCCUUCAUGGGGCGCGGUGCCCACAGUGACGCCGCACAUAACCCCCAUCGCCAUGCCGGCGGUCCCAGGCACGCAGCUGCGCAUGCGUCAGGCUGCGGCGGGGAUCCGGGCGCAGCCAGUCCAGCAGACCCGCUCGAUUGACGGCGCGAGCUCCGAUGAGUCGUCGGGCGAGGAGUUCGCCCGGAAGCGCACGAAGGUGACGCAGAUCGACCUCGGUUCGCCUCCAGCUCCAACUGGUUUCAGGACAUGGCUGAACGAGGCGUACACGGCAUGCACUACUGCAUUAAGCCGACCUCAGAGGCGUACCAUCCGAUACCUCAAGUACGCCGAGGAAUUCUACCAGCCAGACAUCAUGCCGCUGCUGGAGGCCCCGAGGAAAUGGAAGGCCUUUGACGAGGAGCUCUUCGCGGCGGUGUUGCGCUACGCGUCUGGUGAGCUCAAGCGUUCCUUGUUGACCUACCGGGGGCAGUGCUAUCGGAGUGGGCGUGAGCCAUCUGGGAGGUACGUGUUCUACUGCGCACUCCAGAAGUUCACCCUCGAGCGCGGCGCCGCGACCCAGGUCGACAUCUCGAAGCUUAUGGCGCACGAGUACAAGGGCGACCUCAGCCUCUACUUGGAUGGGUUGGACGCGAUUCUCACGCAGUUGAAGGGCCCGCCUGAGGAGACGUUCCUGCGCGCUUGCGUGGAGCCGCAGCUGCGGAAGUGCAAGCAGUUGGAGCUCGAUUUCAAGCUCUAUGACAGGGCGCCCGACGGCGCUGCGGAGAAGACCGCGCAGUGGCUAUAUGACGUGCGGCUUCUCGACGAGGCCGAGCGGACCGAGCACGAGCUCGAGGCGGACACCAUUGCCGACGAGUCGAGCUUCGCCGUCAAGACCGUCGAGCCGAAGGACGAGGAGCAGGAGUAUCGCAUGCCGUGCCACGACGUCAACUCGGCCGCGCACAACAGCAUGCACCUGCCUCGGCUCAAGGGCUGCCACAUUUGCGACGACAGCAAACACCUUCAUAGGUACAAGGUGCGGCGCAAGGAGCCCAUGAUUUACGUCACUGGCAAGGGCGCGAUCGACAAGCCCUUCGGGGCGAUGUGCCACUUGGACUGGCUGGAGAUCCGCAGGGGCACCCCAGCCUACAAGACCGCACAGCGCACCCUCAUGCUCACCGACGACUUGACGCAGUUCAUGGGCGCGGGACCUUCGAACUCGAAGGAAGCCAGGGUGGUGGUGGAGCUGAUUCAUCGUUUCGACGAGCUGCCGCCGUUGAUUCGCAGGUGGUGGUCCGACCGCGCAGCCGAGUUCUUGGCGGCCGCCCGGAUCAUCAGGGCCCAGCGGCCUCUUGCCCACUUCGCUUCAGUGCCGUAUAGGCACGCUCCGAGGGCCGAGCGAUCUAAUCGCACCGCUUCCGAGGGGACUCGUGCGGCGCUCAUCCAGUCUGGCUUCGAUGAGGCUUGGUGGCCCAUGGCACUGCUGUUCUGGAUCUCCCAGUGGAGCGGCUUCAUGGUCGGGGCCGACGGCAUGGCCCCCUACUUCCGACGGCGCAACCAGAAGGCUCCCUACAUGCAGUACGCGUUUGGGGCGCUGGUGCUCUUCCACCCUGUCCGCCCGGUGAAGGAGCAGAGUGCGGAGCCGCUGCGCGACAAGCUGCAGUCGCGCUUGGUCCCGGCGGUCCUGUUGGAAGUCACGAUUGGUCCAGGGGGGAGGUGGGCCUCGAGCUACGGCGCGAUCCCUCUCUCCAGGUUCACCUCCGAUCGUCGGCCGGCCAAGGCUGCGAUCAGGAGGACGUGCGACGUCGUCUUCCCAGAGGACGUGACCUUCCCGCUCAAGCAGCGCCUCGCGAUGCACGGAGCGACGGUCGACAAGUCGUUGCCGGCGCCGCAGGCGAAGGAGGAUGAGGAAGGGAACUGGGCCAUGAUGGAGGAGGAGGGGGAGGUUGACGUCGAUGCGGAGUACUUCGAUGGGAAGUGGAAGGAGAAUGCCGCCAAGUUCGAAGCGUCGGUCCCGCUUGGACACGUGCUGGCGCUGGAGCAGGAGGUGGACGACGAGGGCGAGACGAAGCCCGACACAGACGAGUUCAUGGUCGAGUUCCCGUCCGUCGACGCCGACCGCCGGGACGCGGAGCAGGCAGCGGAGGACAUCAAGCCAGAUAUCACCGCCAUCGAGGGGGGCAAAGCGCCGCCUGGCUGGAGGGUGGAUCAUUUCGGCAGGGGCGACAGAGUACGAGGUGAGACGAUCUACGUCAAGGCGAAAGGGAAAGGGAUCAUCCACCCAACUGCGCCCAUGGUUGCGGUGGCCCGACAGCCAGUCGAUGGGGCCCCCGACGGCGCAUCAGAGCUGCAGCCAGAGACGGGCGCGAGAGGUGGUGGAUGCUCCCAGGACUACAUGCACGAGCACCGAGUACCUGCACAGAGUGUGGGCGGCAACUCUGCCGAGAGCCUUGUGCAGCAGGUGCGCAACAUGGUCAUGACGGGCGACUGCAUGUUCCUGUUGAUAGAGUUGGGAUGCGCGGACGACAGCGAGCUAGCUGCGAACGUCCGCGAGCACUGCCUUGCCGUUAGGAUCACUGCCAAGGUGGACCUCACCAAGAAGAGCACCAAGAAAUUGCUGCACGCAUUGAUCAGGUUUUGUGCCCUUUUCGCUGUGGAAGUGCACAUUUGGGUAUCAAUUCCUUGCACCCGCGGGGAAGUUACAGUGGACGUCGACCUCACGAAUUCGUUGAUAGCCGCGGCCGUUUCGCUGUGCGAGCACGCCGCCAGAAGCCAGAACACGCUCAGUUGGGAGUGGCUGGAGUGCAGCGAGCUGUGGGAGAACGAGGCCGUGAAUGGCAUGUUAUCCCGCCAGGGCGCGGUGAGCGUCCUCGUGGCGUCGGCUGCGGUAGGCAUGUCUAUCACCCUCAAGGGCCGGGACGUGUACGUCGACAUGAAGUGGAAGAUCGCGACGACGCACCCGGGCGUGCCCAUUGAGCUGGAGAGCCACGCCGAGAUCCCAGAUCACAUCCCGAAGUCUGCCUUCGUGGAGUGCCAGGGUCGAUUCGCAGCCGCCAGCGCGCUGUACACGAAGGAGAUGGCGAUGCUCAUCUGGCAGGAGGCCAAGACCGAUAGGGCGAAGCAGGCCAUCGACGCGGAGCUUUCUGGACACGAUCGACGCGGCACUUGGGAUAAGAGCCGGGUCCGGAGCCUCCGAGAUUGGAUGAGCGAUGCCUCAUUCAAGGACGUCGUCGUCGGCAGGGUCUUCGUCAUCUUAGGAUGCAAGAACUCCGAGAUGUCUGAGGACCAGUGGAAAUACCGUGCACGCGCAGUGUUCCAAGGGAACAACGUAUGGACGCGGACUGGCAGGAGCGCCUACGAGAUCUUCGAGGAUGUGUCGAAUUCCCCCGCCAGCCUCAUAGCGGCGCGUUGCGCCUUCGCGGUCUCGCUGAUGAAGCAGAUGACUUGCACGUACCGCGACGCAUUCCAAGCGUACCUGCAGGCGACGAUGGACACAGGCACGGACCCUGGCGUGAUCAACCUCGUGGAGCUUCCGCGCGAAUGGUGGCCCAAGGAGUGGUUCUACGACGAGGCCUGCACCCGGCCGCGAUACCAACGCCCAGCUGUUCCUCUAGUCUACGCGCUCCCGGGCCAUUCCAAAUCUGGGAACAUAUGGGAGACGCACGCCGACACGGUAUUCGUCAUCAAGCUCACCGGCUGGAAGAAGGUCGAGGGGUGGCACAGCGUGUGGGUGCACUGCGACGGGAGCACCAUGGUGAUCUACGUGGGCGACUUCAUGUUGGCGGCGACGGCAGCGAACGCCAGGAAGCACUGGGAGGAGCUCGGCCGGCGCAUCGUCUUUCAGGAGCAGUGCGCCGACGUCUUCCGGCACGUGGGGGCGAUCUACAACUUCGACAAGGUGGACUACCAGCGCCCGCUGCAGCCCAGGACGAUGGUUACGAAUAUGAGCAGCUAUCUUCUCAAUGUGGUCAAGAAGUUCACUGGCGAGUACACGGGGGCCCUGAGGAAGGCGACGACUCCAUUCCCUCCAGAGACCGAAUCCUGGGCGCCAGCGGACGACGAGCCAGGAGUUUUCCAGACUUCUGCUGCUUCGUUCGUCGCUUCUGGACUUUAUGCUAGUCUGGUCAGCCGCCCGGACCUCAGUGUUGCCAUCCAGCGUCUUUGCUCGCGUGUGACAAAAUGGUCUGUGACAGAUGACGUGUCCCUCAUCAGACUCAUGGCUUACAUGCAGGAGCAUCACGACCUGGAGUUGUGCGGCACUUUCGGGCCGAGCGACCUGGGCGACUUGGAGAUAGGGCUCUGGCCAGACGCAGAUUGGAAUGGCGAUGCCAAUGCAACGAGGCGAUCGCUGAAAAUAAGAAGGGCUACAGCAAACGCCUUCGUUGCUUGUCUCGAACACAUCGUUGUUCGAUCGGUCGGGGCCAUGAACGAGAUCUACGAGGGCCCCGAGGCAGCCCUGGACGUGGUGUACGCUCCGACGGCGCCUCACAAGGGCGAUUUCUUCACCAGAGCCUUGAACCCGACCCCGUUCCAUCAG